AUGUCUAAAUUGGCAAAUCUUGACUUCCCUGCUUUGAAAAGCAAUGGUGAAAAUUACCUUGAUUGGGCACUUGAUGCAAGGAUCAUGCUACGAUCAAAAGGACUUGGUGAUACGAUCAUCAGUGACAAUAAGUCCAGUGAUAAAGAUCGAUACAGUGCUAUUUAUAUAAUACGCCAUCAUCUCCAAGAGAGUUUGAAAACUCAGUACAGAACCACGGAAAAUCCAUUGGACCUUUGGAACGCUUUACAGCGACGUUAUGACCACCAGAAAACGGUGAUGCUUCCAAGGGCUCAAUAUGACUGGAAACACUUGAGGUUCCAGGACUAUAAAACAGUAGACGAGUACAACUCUGUCCUGUUUAAAAUUGUUUCCAUGAUGGAAUUAUGUGGUGAAAAAGUUACUGAGCUCGAGAUGCUUAAUAAGACUUUCUCGACGAUGCAUUCCAGUAACAUGGUAUUGCAACAGUAA